AUGCCCAAGAAGCUAUCUGACCCCAACCUGUCCGAUGUGUCGCUUCCCUUGGGGAUUGGUGUCUACAGUGUGGCGUCGUUGCCGCCUCUUGGAGCUGCUAUCUACGGUCAGCUUGUCACUCUGGAUCAGCUCUCCCAACUCGGUCACCAACGAAAACAGCAGCAGCAGCAGACCACAACGAAGCUCCCCUCGGCCGCCACCUCCGCAGUCACCACCAUGCCCUCGCCCCCGCUCACGCCCACCUCGUCCACGUGCUCGGCCAGCAAUGUGAUGUCCGCCUCGGCCUACGCCAACCUCGACCCCUCCUACUCCCUGAAGAACAAGACGGUCAAGGCGUCGCAAUCCAUGGAGGUCGAGGCGAUGGAUUUGGGGAGUUCAGGCGGGUCUGGCGGUAGUCCCGCGUCAUCGUCCAAGGCCGGAGGCGCCAACAACACGUACAGCUACCCCACCUUCCCGUACACCACAACUACCGCAGCUGUUGCUACCUCCACUGCCACAUCCACCGCCACAUCCACCACAACUGAGCCCCUACAACCCCUUGUCUUUCGCCGACCCUCCCACCAGGGCCAACGAAUGCUCUUGCGAAUGUCGGUGCGGCUCAUCCAAACCUACGAAACCAUCAAUGAGGUGAGUUUGGCGGGGCUUUCGUGCCUCAUGCGGUCACAUCAUCGUUCGUCACCGAUCACCAGACAGGUCUACUUUCGCAAGAAACGACGAAGAGACCAGGCCUGCGAGGAGAACAUGCUGAAACGGGACCGGAAGGGUACAACCGCUGUGGGAGGAGGCGGCGGCGGCGGCGUCGGCGGUGGACAGACUGCGGAGGCCUCGAGCCUGGCGAACGUGGCGCCAGCCGCCCCAGGGCACUGCUGCGGUCCCACUCUGGCACCCACCACCUCCUCAUCCGCCCGCUCAUGCUGCCAACUCCAUCACGGCGCCUCCGCGCGAAUCGGGAACGGCGCCAACGGCGGAGUAUGGGCCGCCUCCUCCUCCUCCUCCUCUCAACAACCGCACCUCUACGACGUCGGCACUCGUCAGCAGAUUCAACAAAAGCCCGUCAAUCCUGCCGUGUCGUCGUCGUGUUCGACCGCUCUCACGCGGACAAUUCCCACCGGUGGCGGCGGCAGCAGCAGCAGCACCAAUCGCCUACUCCGCCACCAGACUAACGACUUCCUCAAAAUCGGCAGUGUCUGGCUCGAUCGAUACGAAAUCACCGAUAUGCGCGGCAAAGGCACUUUCGGCCAGCAAAACAUCACCACCACCACCACCGACGAACAGGCACCAAGACACGGCGGCUUUCCGUCGCAGGAACUGGGCCGUCGGCCUUUGAAGCGGCGCACCGCACCGCACCGCGUUUGUGUUGUGUUCGCGCGUGCCGCGGUCGACAUGACUCACUACACAACAGCUCCCUCUCCGCGCGCGCGUGCGUGCGUGUUUCGCGCGCAUGACCGCAAGACCCACGAGGAGGUGGCGAUAAAGGUGAUCAAGAACCGUCGCCAGUUCCUCCAGCAGGCCGAGAUUGAGAUCAAACUCCUGCGGGAGAUCGCCCACUUUCAGGAGAACGAACAGCGCGCCGCUGAGGUCGGAGCCAACUACGUCGUAAAUUUGCAUCAUCCUGAUGCGCAACUUGCCCUCCCCUCCCCCCGUCGCAACCUUUUGUCGCAUUUUCUAGUGAACCUGAAGGGCUACUUCACGUACCAGGGCCACUGGUGCCUGGUGUUCGAGCUCCUCUCCUACAACCUCUACGAGUUGCUGACGUACACACACUACCGCGGCGUCUCCCUGCACCUCACGCUCAAGUUCGCGCGGCAGCUGUGCGCGGCGCUCGUCUUUCUCUCCCGGCCCGACGUCCGCGUGAUGCACUGCGACCUCAAGCCCGAGAACAUCCUCCUCGUGACGCCCAAGCGCUCCGACAUCAAGGUCAUUGACUUUGGCAGCUCCUGUCACGUCAGCGAGAACGUCCACCAGUACAUUCAAUCCCGGUUCUAUCGAGCACCCGAGCUGGAGCAACUGCUUCAAAUUGUCGAGGUUCUUGGUCUGCCACCCCUAUGGAUGCUGGAGAAGAGUCCGAAGCUGGAACACUUCUUCGAGCGUGUUACCGAUCCUGCCGCCGCGCCCGCGUCGUCGACAACUCCGCAGCAAUCACAACAACAACAGCAGGAGCGAAUGGACGCGUCAUCGGCGUCCGCCUCGUCCAUCUCCUCCUCCUCCUCGUCUUCUGGAUCGUCCUCGCCUUCCUCCGCUUUCGCCAAAACCUGCUUCACCGUCCGUGGCGCCGUCUACCGACCGCGAAGGAUAUUUACCAAGGGAAACACAACCUCGAAAUGUCGAUUUCUGGGCCCGCAUACGCGUCCACUGAGGGAGGUUGUGGGCCGGGACACCGGUGGUCCGUUGGGACGACGGAUCAAUGAAGACGGCCACGCACCCGAGGACUACGAUAAGUUCAUUGACCUCGUGCAGAAAAUGCUCAUCUACGAUCCCCGGCAUCGGAUCAAGCCCGACGAGGCGCUUGCGCAUCGCUUCUUUGAGCGCAAACCGACGAAUACCAGCUCCUCCUCCGCCGCCGCCGCCUCCUCCGUUCCUGCUCCUGUUUCCACCGAGGGUACGCCAUUUUCUCGCUCAACCAAUGUCUUCUUAGAUCCGGUUCCCGCGGUCGCGUCGAUAGUGGGGAAGCCUCUGCCACGCGACGGUCGGUUCCCCGCGCCCGGUGACGAGGUGCCCGCGAGCGUCACGGCUGCUGCACCCUCCAGUCCGGCGUACCUCACUUUCGCGCCAAACCAAUCACAGCAAUCUGCUCCACACUUCUAG